AUUAGGGUUUAUAACACAAGAGAAACGAAUUAACAAAAAACAAUUAAAAGUUUCAUUAGAGAUUCAGGUCGGACGUAGCUUGAUCUCUCGCUCUCGUUCUCCCCGCGCCAGGAUCAGUUAUUCUCAUGGCUUCCAGUAGUAACAAGGAAUCUCUGUCUGGUUCUUCAGACAACAAAAACGCUAAAUCUGAAACAUCCUCCUCGGGCAAUCCUCCACAGGCAGCACCCCAAAGAACUAGCUCUAUAUUUGAUGACCUGCCUCAGGGCAGCCCUUUUGAUUUUUCAUCCAUGACUGACAUUCUUAAUGAUCCUAGCAUCAAAUCAUUAGCUGAACAGAUAGCAAAAGAUCCUUCAUUCAACCAGAUGGCUGAGCAGCUUCAACAAUUUCAGAGUCCACCAGCUCAAGAAGGAAUCCAGUUUGAUCCUCAACAAUACUUUGCCACCAUGCAACAAGUCAUGCAGAAUCCUAAUUUUAUGUCUAUGGCAGAGCGUCUUGGUACCACAUUAAUGCAGGAUCCAUCUAUGUCUCGCAUGUUUGAGAGUUUUUCUAAUCCAGCAGACGGUGAUCAGCUUGAAGAACGAAUGGCACAUAUUAAAGAGGAUCCUUCAUUGAAGCCUAUAUUGGAAGAGAUAGAGACUGGCGGUCUCCCUUCCAUGAUGAAGUACUGGAAUGAUAAAGAAGUCCUACAAAAGUUGGGGAAAGCAAUGGGGCUUCCUGUCCCAGCUGAAGCAGCAACCUCUACUGACCAUUCUGGGCUAGAUGAUUCUGAAGAACCGGAGAAUGAGGAUGAGUCAGUUAUUCAUCAUACUGCAAGUACUGGUGAUGUUGAGGGGUUAAAGAAGGCGCUUGCAUCUGGUGCUGACAAGGAUGAAGUAGAUUCAGAAGGGAGGACGGCAUUGCAUUUUGCUAGUGGAUAUGGCGAGGUUGAAUGUUCUCAAAUCCUCCUUGAGGCUGGAGCAAAAGUGGAUGCUUUAGACAAGAACAAAAACACCGCCCUUCACUAUGCAGCUGGUUACGGGCGAAAGGACUGCGUCGCGCUACUCCUGGAAAACGGCGCUGCUGUUACUCUCACAAACAUGGAUGGAAAGACUCCAAUCGAUGUAGCCAAGCUAAACAACCAGAAUGAGGUGCUGAAGUUGCUUGAAAAGGAUGCCUUCCUGUAACUUUAUAAUCAAUCAUUCGGUGACAUUUAUGGUAUUUUCUGCAUCUACAUCUGCUCGGUACAUGGUUCCCUGAUGUGUUAGAACGAAUUUAAUUUCAUAAAGUGCAAACUAUAUCGUUACGACUCGUGGUGUUUUAUUUUGCUGUCCAUUGCUUUGUCACAAUAAUUUUGUAGUUUUAACUGAUUACAGUCAGGUUCAGUACCCUGUUUGUACAUUUGGUUUCUUCUUUUACUACAUGAUUUGUUUGUGUUAUA